UUUGAAGAUUGAAGGUAGAUAACUAGUCUAAACUUGCUGAGUGUACCAUACCUAUACUGUGCAAAGCUCGGAUACAAGCACGAUGGAUAUAGUACCAAACACUCUGCUCCAUGCUCAGACAAGUCUACUCAUUUGGCACAGUGCUGAAGGGACUCAGGCAACUGUGGUGAGGCUGAGGGAGAGAGCAGGAGACCAAGGAAACAUUAUCCUGGAAAAUGCUGAGAGAUUGCUGCUAGCUGGUCUCCCUUCAUCCUCAUUCGAUAAUGUCCUGAGUGGAGUGGUACCACCUGCCUCCUUAUCCCACUCACAAGACCUCCUGGAAGAGAUGGUCAGACUCCUAAAACCCUCAGGGACACUUCUCCUUCUGGAACCCGUCUCUCUACAAGAUACCGGUCACGUGUCUGGACUUCGCUCUCUCCAUAAGCUCUCCUCUUCAUUAAGGCUAGCUGGCUUUGUUGACAUAUCCGAGGUUGAAGUGGUACAGUCAGGUGAUCAGUUGGAGGAAGGGCUUGUGAAGACGCUCAGUAUUUCCAAUCAAGACAAACCAAGUUUUGCUGUUGUCAAGGUCAUGGCAAAAAAAACAUCCUAUGAAGUUGGAACAAGCUCGAAAUUGUCUUUUGCCACCAAACUUGAGAGCCAAGCUGGGUCGAAGGUGAGUGAGGAGACAGCACAGGUGUGGACACUCUCUGCUAACGAUGUCUUCGACGAUGACAUUGACAUAAUCGAUGCCGAUACCCUCUUAGAUGAAGAGGACUUCCUUAAACCUGACCCUCAAACCCUUAGAAGUAAUUGUGGCACUGACGCUGCAGGAAAGAAGAAAGCUUGUAAAAAUUGCUCAUGUGGACUGGCUGAAGAGAUGUCUGGGGAAGAGAAGGUGUCUCAACCAGCCACCUCGUCUUGUGGAAAUUGCUCCCUUGGAGAUGCCUUUCGAUGUUCCAGCUGUCCCUAUCUGGGUAUGCCCGCAUUCAAGUCAGGAGAACAAAUUAAGCUAUCUACUAGACAGCUCAAUCCAGACAAGUAGAGUUAGAUUGCAAUCAAUAUUAUUUUGUUGGCUAUUAUAUUAUUAUUGUGUUCACAAAUCGUGAAUUGAAUCAAAAAUACAAUGAAUAAAAAGCA